AUGACAUAUGUAAUGGAUAUUGAUAAUCUAAAAAUAUAGAAUUCCUAAUUUUCAAUAGACAGUAUAUCUUUUAAGCCUUAGAUUACUGGUGUUAUUAGAAAUUCUAAUUUUAAGAAAAUCUAAUUACUAUAAGGUUCAGUUUUGAAUAUAUUAGGUGGCUUAAUAACUAUUUCUAAUAGCACUUUUGAAUCAAUCUAAUCUGAAACAAGCGCAGCUAUUUAUUGUUCAUAAACUAAGUCUUUAUUAAUAUAAUAUUCUUAAUUUAUAAAUACCUCAUGUAAAUAUUAAAAGAGCCUAUAAAAGUGUUUAGGCGGAGCUCUUUAUUUAUAGUAAAUAAAAACCAUAAAAAUUAUUUUCAGCAAUUACUACAAUUCUUUUUCUUCUGAUUAUGGAGGAGCAAUCUACAUUAAUAACUAGAAUAAUUAUUUCUCUUAAAUAAAUAACACCAUUUUUAAUAAUUGUAAAGUUAAAAAUAAUUCUGGUGGAGCCAUAUUUAUUUAGCAAUCUAAGAAUAUAUCCAUUUAUAAUUCGACUUUUUCUAAUAACAGUGCACUUUUAGAAAGAGGUGGCGCUAUAGGUUUAUACUAUUCUGACUUGAUAGAGUUGAAAAAUUCUAUAUUUCUUUAUAACAAAGCACAAAUCGGAGGAGGAAUAUGGUACGGUCCUAACAAUUAAACAUUUUUAUAAGAUGAAUUAUAUUUUAAAAAUAAUUUAUUUGGAAAAAAUGAAGUUUUUUUUUAUGGGGAAGAUAUUGGUUCUUAUCCAAGAAAAAUUUAAAGAGUAACCUCAAAGUCUGAAGAGAUAACUAGCAAUUAAAUUAACUAAAUUUAGAGUGGAAAUCUUAUCAGCGAGGAAAUUUAUUUUACUUUCUAUGACGAAUAAUAAAAACCACUAAAUUUCAUUACAUCAGAAAAAUACCCAUAAUCUCUUGAAGUUUAAAAUGAACUGAUUAGUUACUUUCUAAAAGUAUAAAUAGAUAAAAAUCCUAUGAUUCAAAUUAAAUAAGGAUAAACUUUAGAGAGACGAGCUGAGCUUGGCGUGUUUUAGCUCCAAAUUUAAUUAUUGUAUAAAUAAAAUAAAACUCAAUUGAUUCAGAUUUAAUCUAAUCCUCUUCUUAAUGAAUAUUAAUUAAUUUACAGUUUAGUACUUAAUUUUAGAGAUUGCAUAAGAGGUGAGAUUCAACAGUCAUAAAACGGCUUUAUUUAGUGUAAUCCAUGCUAAGAGGGUAAAUACUCAUUGAUUGAACCUAAUAAAUCUAGCAUAGAUAAUUUAGUAUGCUAAUCUUGUCCAAGCUAAGCUAUUUAAUGCUUAAAGGAUUCUAUAGUAUUGAGGGAUGGUUUUUGGAGAGAAAGUCUAUUUACUGAUUAAAUUUACUCUUGUUAAACUGAUGGAUGUUCAGAAACUUAAUUAAGAGUUAUAGAUAGAUGUUUAGAAGGCUAUAUUGGUCCAUUAUGUGAUAGUUGUGACGGAUCUAAAUAGAUUUGGGGAGACUACUAUGGCAAAAAGGGAAAGUAUUGUAUUCUAUGCAAAUAGCUAAAAUAUCAAUAUAUUUACUUUACAGUAUUUUUAAUAUGCUAUUCAAUUUAUUUAACCUUAUGCGUAGGUGAUUUAAUAGAUUAAAAGAUAUUUAUAAUAAAAUUAAUUUUAUUUAGGAAAAUAGAUUUACUCAUUACAAGUAAAUCUUGUUCUUAAGGUGAAACAGUCACUUUUUGGAUUAAAAUCUUUGUACAUUACCUUUAGAUUUCUUCAUUAAUUUUCUCUUUUGGAAUUUAGUAUCCAUAUGAGCUUAGUGCUCCAGUUAAUACUUUUGGAGAUCCUACAAAUUUUACUUUAACUAGCCUUGAUUGUUUAUUUCCUCUAUCUUAAAAUUACCCUAUUUGGUUACAUCGAUUGAUAAUUUAAAUUACAAGCUUAGUAAUUUAAUAUAUUCUAGUGAACGUAUUGUAUUACUUUCUCUAUCUCACAAAUAGUUAUAACAAGGCUUACAAGAAAAAAUUCAUUAAAACUUGUUUGAAGACUUCUUUUGUUUUUUUUUAUUUAUUCUAUCAACCCUCUAUUACUAAAAUAAUAUUUUCUGGAAUUUUUUGUAAAUAAAUUGGUAGUUAGUAUAGACUAAUUUCAGAUUUAAACUAAGAAUGCUACACAGAUACUCAUAUUAUAUUAGUACUUUCAGUAAUAUUACCACUAUGCUUAUUUUGGUGCUUGUUAAUCCCUUUAUUCUUGAAUAUAAAAUUGUAGAGUAUAAAAUAGCAUGUUGAUUAAAUAAAAUAAAUAGAAUAAGUAAUAAUAUAUGGAAUUAUAUAUUAAGGAUACAAAAUUAAAUGUUUUAAUUGGGAAAUAAUUAAAAUAUUCUAAAAACUAAUUCUAAUGAUAGUGAUUAAUUCUAAUUUAAGUGAUAUUAUUAAAAUAACUUUCAUAAUAGUAAUACUGCUAUUAUACACAGUUUAUUUAGUUAUCAAAUAACCACAUAAAAAUAUUAAACUCAUGAAUUGUGAAAAAAUGAUGAUGGUUUUACUUAAUUUUAACUUUUUAUUCCUUCUGAUGAUAAUAAAAGAAAGCAAUCCAUAUUAUUAUGUUUUAAUUUUGGGUUACAUACUCAUAUUUUUAUGUAAUAUAAUUGCUGUAAUAUGCUUUAUUUAUCUUUUGUCUAAUUCAAUGGUGAUUAGAUUAUGCGAUGAUUAUACUUCUUCAACUAAAGUUAAAAAUGCCCUCUAUAAGUUAUCAUAAAGUUUUCCAAAAUUGUUUAGACAUUUGAAGUUUAGGAAGGUUAAUGUAUACAGGAUACAUAAAUUAUGGAAGCUUAUAAAAAAAUUCAUAAAGAAUGAAAAUUCUUCAAAUCCAAACAAGAAAGAUAAUAUUAAACAACUCAUUAAGGAAAAUAUUACAGCUCAAAGCUAUAGUCUUGCGGAGAGUGCUCUAAAGAAUGUUAAUAGUGUUUUGAUAGUUAGAAUUGCCUACUAUGAAUUUAAAGGAAAUAGCUGUGCAAGAUCUUGUGAGGUAGGAUAUUAUGAAAGCAAUUAUUUUAGAUAGUGUAAAUUGUGCAAAGUAAAUAAUUGCAAAAUUUGUAAUGACGCACAAAUUUGCUUAGAAUGUAAAUAAGGAUGGGUUUUGGAUGAAAAAAGGAAUACCUGCUAAAAUGAAAAAUGUAUUUCAGAAGAAGGAACAUAUUACUAAGAGGAAACAGAUACAUGUAAAUAUUAUUGUAAGGAGGGAUAUGAUGAAAAUUCUAUGCAAUGUAUUAAAUUUAAAAAACUUGGGGAUUAUGAAGCUGAAAUGAUAAGAAUAGACCAAUAAUAAGGCAACAUUAUAUAAAUGCAAGCAAUUAAAAUUGAAGACUAAAAUACAGUUAUUGCAAUAGACUUAUAAAGGGCAGUUUACUAUAAAUAUCCUGAGUUAAUCCCAUACUUUGAAAUAGCCUACAAUUAAACUGCUUAUUUCGCACAUAUAAGAGGUAAUUAUAUACUAGUAAUAUACAGCGAUUAAAAUAAAAUUGCUCGCAUUAAUGCUUAAACAAAAAAAAUAGACUAUUACUAACUUGGAUAAUGCGAUAAUCCUUUAGUAUAAUAAAAUUAUCUGAUUUGUCAAUACAUUCAAUAUAAUGCACUCAUUAUGAUAGAUUUAGACAACCCUUUAUUUAAAAUAUUUUAAUUUUAGCCAUAAGCAAGGAUUAUUCAAGAAGUAUUAUCGAAUGAAAAUAAUUUAAGGUAAGCUUUUAAUUAGUAAACACCAGCUGAAAUUGAAAGUUAAUCAAACAAAGAAUAUAAAAAUCAGUCAGUAAAUUAAGUAAAUAAGCAAAAUAGAAAUUUAUAGGAUUUACCUUAAAAUUAGGAUCAACUAGGUUGUUAUAUUAAUUAUCCAAAGCAAUUUGAUGCUUAACCCAAGCAAAUUACUAAUGUCUUAAAAAAUAGAACUAUCCAAAUAAUUUAAGAAUACUCUAAAAUAGAAGAUACAUAACAUUUCAAUUUUUUUAUUUUAGAAGAAAUUAGCAUGUUGCUCUAUUUUGAUAAGAUAUCUCAAAAACUCUAUUCUUUAGAUAGUAAAAAUGUACAAAGUAUCAUUAUGACAAUCUAACUUUAUAAUACAAGCUAAGUUCUAUGUUCAUAGUACUUUAACAAUACAAUCCAUCUAUUGUUAGCUGAUUAAAAUUAUUCAAAUGUAGGAUAUUACUUAACUAGUACAUUUGAUUCUGGCUAUUACUAAUUUAAUUAAGCAAAUGCAAUAAAAAUUCAAGAUGUGGAGCUUGGCGAUUUAUAGAAUUGCUUAUUUUUAGCAUAGUUUCAGACAUUACUUUUACAAGGCUAAAAUGGUUAUUUGAGAAUUAAGACAAGUGAAAUAUAAUAAAUUUCAAAAAAAAGUGCAUUUUAUAAAAAUGAAUUUAUUAUUUCAAAUACAAAUAGCUAUAUUUUCACUUUUCUUCUAGAUAAGGCAAAUUAUACUAUAAACAUUUAUGAAAUUGAUGAUAGUAUAUUCAAAAUAUUUAAUUAGUUUAAUUUUGAUGUAUAAUAGUAUUACUUUAGUGAUACUCCUUCUAAAUUUACAUUCUUAUAUGAUGAUCUAGAAAAAAAUAUUGUUUUGAGCUACAGAAAUGAAAUGUAACUUAUUCGCCUUUUACCAAAAUAAGAUUAGGUAUCUUAAGUAUUUAGUAGAUAUGCUGGAGGAAAAAUAAGAUAAAAUUUUGGUUAAAUUAUUACCAUAUUUAAUUUAGAAAUUGAAGAUGGCAUAUGCAUAAUUUAUUAAUUUGGUUUUAAUAUAAUAUUUGGAAAGACAACAACAUCAUCAAUAGCAAGAUAUUUAGAUUUCACAAUAGAAAUUUAUGAUUAAAAAGAUAACUAUUUAGUAUUAGGAAGUAAUUUAUAAAAAAAGAUUGUUAUAUUUGAUAUAUACUUACAACAAUUUAAUGAACUAAAUUAUGAAAUUCAAUAAUUUUAAAAGUUGUUCAUAGCAAAAUCCUCUGAAUAUCUUAUAGUAGCCAUUUCAUUGAUGAAUGGUACCUUUAAUUUAUACACAAUAAACGGAAAACAAAGUAUAAAUGGUUAUUCUCUUAAUUAUAAUCUACUCUAACAAGGUUAUACUCCAACAAUAUAAAGCUUUUACAAUCAGCUAUAUAUAAUAUCAGAUUAAUAAACAGUAUUAAUUUAUAAAUUACAAGACCAAUUGAGCUUUCUUACAUCAUUUUAUUACUCUCAAUACUUUCAAGUUGUAGGUCCAAAUGUAAUCUUUUAAUUUUCUAAAUGCAAAGAAAACUCUGAUACUUAUUUAACUGUUUUCAAUAUAUUAAAUUAAUCGACAUAUUUUAUAUUAUUCUAAGUGGAAGAUAUAUCCUACCAAAAGAUAUAAGUGACUUAAUACUUGCGUUACGCAAAAAUAUUAUUUUAAUCUGGAAGAUACAAAGUUAAAAUAUUUGAUAUGGGUAAUUAAUCUUUUAUUGAAAAACCUCCAUAGACAGAUCUUAAUAAUAGUCUCUUAGUUGAUAGAUAUAUUAUCUAUUUACUAGGCUAAUCUUGCUAUAUUUUUGAUAUGUAAACUUUAGAGGAAACUUAAGUAUCUUUUCCAACUUACCCAAACAUAUAAAACUAUUUCAUGAUUAGUAACUAACCAUAUUUCCUAGUCUAUUUUCCCAACUUAGAGAAGAGCUUAGUUUUUAAUAUCAGUAAUUAAUAAUUCUAGCAAGCAGUAAACGUGGAAUAAAGCUAAAACUCAAAAUUUGUAAUUAAAAACGAAGAAAUAUUAAUAUUUGAUUAAAAUAAAACUCAAAAAAUAAUACCAUAUUUUUCUUUAGCUUUAAAACAAGUCAAUAGAAACAAUAAAUGCAGAUAAAUAAAUAUGGUUUUGGUUUUUCUAUAAUUAACAGUUCUACUUUAUAAUUAAAGAAACGGAAUAAGUUUUGAUGAUAAAUCAAAUAUUUUAGUAUUCCAGACUGUAAGUUAAGAUACUCUCAAUUUUUACUUACUCAACAGCGAUGUUUUACUUUCAGUUUAAAUAGAAAAGUACCGUUAUAUGCCUUCAUUUUAAUUUUAUAACUUUGAAGAAUAUAGCUUAGUCCUUAUAACUAUGUCAGCCAAAGAAGCAUAUUUUAUUAAUUAUGAGCAGGGGAUCAUUUUUAAGUUUGAAAAUGGAGGAUAGAAAAUUAAAUUCAGUGAUGGAUUGUUUAUUCAAGAUAAGUAUAUAGUGACAUUUGAAUACUAAUUUAUUUAUAAAUUUUAAAUUUAGCAGGGAGAUAUUAAGCUGAUUAAGCAAUAUUAACCUAGUAUAGAUUUUUUGGAAAUAUAUAACCAAUAUUCUAAUUAGUUAACCUUGGCUUAUAAUUUUGAAUCAAAUCAAUUAAUAUUAGUUAAUUUGUAAAAAUACAUUAUGUCCUUUGAUUUAGAUACUUUUGUUAACGUUUGCUAAUAGUAAUAUUAGCAAGUACUAGGUUUUGUUUAUUUUCAAGAAUAAAAUAUAGUUAUUUCUUUGAAGACCUCUUCUUUUACAAUAUUAUACCUUAAUUCUUGCAUUGUAAAAUCUCAAAAUCUGAUGGGCAUAACAUUUACUGCAUAACCUCAACUCAAUGUAUAAUACAAUCUCAAUAUUUUUUUGAUUAAGACUUCAGACUUACUCGUCUUAGUAUCAACAAAUGGAUUAGAGGUUUAUUAAUUUAGUACAUUAAAUUAUUUAAUAACAAAUAACUAUAAGUAUGAUAACAAAUACACUCAAAUUUAAUCAUUUAUUUUAGAAGACUCAAACGAAAUAAUAUUGACUACUACUGAUAACUAAAUAUAGAUUUAUGAUUUAGCUACAAGUUUAUUCUAUAACCCGAAAUUCUUAGAUACAUCUUUUGAGAAUAAUUUUGUUUACUUUAAUGAGUUGAAUAUUGUUUCAUAUUUAAAUUAAAACUCUGGGAAUGAGUAUCACAUAGUAGAUGUUUAAAACUAUAGCUAUGAUAUUUAUAAAAUAUCCUUUAGGUGCUUAAAGGUUAAAAACUAAAACUUUAAUAUUUUUUGUUUGAAUGAAAUGUCUCAAAUUUACAAGCUUAAUUUGGCAAGUUUUAAAUUCGAUCUAAUAUUUAAUUAAAUCUCUGAGUAAUCAAUAACUGAUAUUGAAGUACUUUCAGAUGACUUCUUAAUGAUAUAGCAAAAAAAUAGAACUUUCAUUAUCUUUUAAAUAUCCACAAAAAAAUAGUCUAAAGAGACUGACUUAAUUUCAUCUGCACUAAAAAUAUCAAUGGUAAAUAAUUUGAUUGGCAUUUAGACAAGAUAGAAAAUAUCUAUUUAUUUUAUUGGUUCUGGAGAUUCUUAAUAACUGAAUAUACAAUAGAUUUAUGAGUAAAAUAAUAAAAUGUACAUUUAAUCAUUUACAAUAAUUAAAACAAUUAAUUCAUAUUAACUAAUUUACUCUACUUAAGAAACUACUUUUAUCUACGAUAUAUUUUAAAAUUAUUAAAUUGGAACAAUGAAAAAUGCAGCUCAAUCCAAGUAAAGAGUAUUUACAGAUGAUAAAUUUAUCUAUAUUGUCGGAAUAUCUAAUCUUAUUUUAUAUGAUCAAAAUACAUUGCAAACAAUAAACUAUUAUUCAGUUAACUAAUUUGUUUACUCAAGCAUUUAAAACGUUAUUCAUGUUGAUGAAGAUUAUUUUAUUUUAAUAUUAGAAUAAUAGCUUAUUUUAGCAAAAAUAAAUUUAAAAUGUAAUAAUUUAAUUCAGACUUUUAGUAAUUUAAUCAAUGCAGCAAUUCUUUAGAUAGAAAAAACAUAUAAUUCAUAAAAAUAGCUUUCAGCUAUUUAUAUAUAUGGGCACACAGAUUCAAACUUAUUUAAAUUAGAAGUAAGUAAACUAGAUAAUAAUUUAAACUCUAGAGAAGUCAGUUUAGAAGUCUUAUACAAAGAGACCUAAAUUCAAGCAUAAUAAAUGCAUUUCUAAAAGCAAACAGAGGUUUAAAAAUAAAAUAAAGUUGUUGGAUCUUAUAUUCUAUCUUUUGAAAAAUAAGAAUAAUAAUAAAUUGGGGAUAUACCUAUUUAUUAUAAUUAAAUCUUUACAAACUAUACUUUGCUUUAAAUAUAAUCUGCUACUAGUAUAGUAGACAAAGUAGUAAGCCUUGUCAUUAAUGAUAAUAAAUUUUCUUAAUUGAAGUUUAAAAGAAUUUUAUUCUUUAAUAUUGAGCUUUAUAUUUAGCCAAGCUAAGAAUAAUUAAUCCUAAAUCCACUUUAAAAAGUUGAAAAAAUAAUAUUUGAUAAAGUCUACUUGAGAUUUUUUGACGAAUCUCAAUCUUUAGUUAUAAAUGAUUGUAAAUAACUAAUAUGGUAAGAAGUAAUAAUAUAAAAUCAAACUUUAAGAAGAAAGUAUAUCCCUCUUUAGAUUUAAAAUAUAGACUAAAUAAAAAUUGAUUAACUAUUCGUUGAUAAUAUAAAAACAUCUUCAGUAAAUGAUGGCAUUUAUUUUAUUAACAUUACAAGUAUUGUAAUAGAUAGAAUUAUUGUUAACAACUCAAGUUUUUCUUCAAACCUUUUAAAAUUUUAUAACUGCUCAAAUAUUUUAAUCAAUGAAAUAAUAAUUAAAAACACUUUAAUUACUAGAGGUAGCAUGUUUUAUUUUGAAAAAAUUGAUAUACUAAAUAUCACUAAAUUAAAUGCAUAACUUGACAAAACAUUAAAUAAACUUUAUAAAGAUUAAAUUUUCGAUAGUUAGGAAAAACAAAAUAUAAAUAGUGAUGAUCUCAAAAUAUACUUGCUUACAUUAAAAGGGUGUUUUUCAAAUUACCUUAGCAAUUUUUAAGUAGAUUCUUAAAUAAAUACUGGAAUCAUAAAGUCCCUUUAUUCUUUACAAGACCUAAAAAAUCCAUCUUUUACAUAUUUAGUUGUUAUGAAAAAUAUAACUGUAACUAACUUUGUAUUUAAGUAAGAUUACUAACUUUUUGACUUAAUUGGAUAUAUUAUUGUGUUUGAUAAUCUAUAAAUUAUCAAUUCUUAGUUUAUGAUGGAUUCUAUUUCUAUUCGUGCUUCACAAAAAGGAGUUAUACAAAAUUCAUUUUUCAAAGGAAUUAAUUUGUUUAAUGGUUCUAUAUUUUCUUUAUAAGGUCCUGAUUUACUAUUUAGAAAUACAACUUUCCAGAAUAUUUCUUCUUAAUCAACUGCAGCCAUAUAUUGCUUUUAGUCGAAUACUUUACAAAUAUAAUAAUCAAAAUUUAUUGAUAUAAAAUGUGAGUCAUAAAGUCUUUAAUAAAAAUGUAUGGGUGGAUCCCUUAAUCUUUAAUAAAUUAAUAAUCUCUUUAUUAAUGGGUAUUUUGAUAACUCAAUUUCUGAUAAUUAUGGAGGAGCAAUCUAUAUCAAUAAAUAAAAUGAUUAUUCUACAUAAAUCUAAAGUAGUAUCUUUAAUAAUUGUAAAGCUAAAAAUGGUUCUGGAGGAGCUAUUUAUAUUUAAGAAUCUGAAAACAUAAGUAUUUAUAAUUCAACUUUCUCAAACAAUAGUGCUCUGCAAGAAAGAGGAGGGGCUCUUGCACUAUUCUAUUCAAAUUUAAUUAGCAUGAACAGCUCUACAUUCAUACAUAAUUAAGCUUAAAUAGGAGGAGGAAUAUGGUAUGGACCUUUCAACUAAACUUUAAUGAAGGAUUUAAAUUUAUUAACAAAUAAUAAAUUUUAAGAAAAUGAAGGAUUUUUUUAUGGGUAAGAUAUUGGUUCUUAACCGUAAUAUAUAUAAAGAAUAACUAAGAAUUUUGAGUAAAUACAAAAUAACUAACUAGAAGAUAUUUAAAGUGGAAAUUUGAUGGACUAGGGAGUCUAUUUUACAUUUUUUGAUGAAUAAAACAAACCUUUUGAUUUUAUUAAAUCUGAAUAACACAUUUAAUCUCUUGAAGUUUAAAAUGAGAGAUUAAGCUAUUUUAUGAAAGUCUCUACUGAUUAAAAUCCUCAUAUUCUAAUUAAAAUAGGAUAAAAUUUAGAAAAAAUAAGUUAACUUGGCCUAUUUAAACUUCAAAUUUCUACAUCAUAUUCUCAUAGUAAAGAAUAAAAAAUUUAAAUAAAAUCUAAUCCUCUAAUGAAUCAAAGAGAGCUGUUCUAUAAUUUAACUCUUAAAUUUAGAGAUUGCUAAAGAGGUGAAAUAUAAUAAUCUCAUAAUGGAUUCAUAGAGUGUAAUUAAUGUUAAGAAGGCAAAUAUUCUUUAGUUGAACCAGGCUAAAUUAAUUAGAAUGAUUUGAUAUGCUAAUCUUGCCCGUUUUAAGCUAUAAAAUGCUUUAAAGAUGUAAUCAUACUAAAAGAUGGAUAUUGGAGAGAAAAUAAUUUGACUGAUUAAAUAUACCAAUGUUAGUCUCACGGUUGUUCAGAAACACAAAACGGAGUUUAAGAUAGAUGCCUAGAGGGAUAUAUUGGGCCUUUGUGCGACACUUGUGAUACUUCUAAGUAAGUGUGGGGAGAUUAUUAUGGUAAAAAGGAUUCAUACUGCUUCAAGUGCAAAGAAAUAAAAUAUUAAUACAUAUUUUUCUCAGUUAUUUUGCUAGUAUAUUCAAUUUAUCUUGUGAUAUGUAUAGGAGAUUUGAUAGAAUAAAAGGUUUUUAUAAUAAAAUUGCUACUAUUUAAGUAAAUAGAUUUACUUAUGACAAGUAAGUCUAGUUCUUAAGGUGAGACAGUGACUUUAUGGUUUAAAAUAUUUAUUCAUUACAUUUAAAUUACCUCUCUAAUUUUCUCAUUCUAGAUUAAGUAACCAUAUGAGCUAAGUGUCCCAGUUAAAGCAUUUGGAGAUCCUACUAGCUUGACAAUAACAAGUAUGGAUUGUUUGAUACAUACAUCAUAAAAUUAUCCAUUUUGGAUUCAUAGAUUGGUUGUCUAAAUUAUCAAUUUUGCAAUUUAAUAUAUUGUUGUUAUGGCAUUUUACUAUUUCUUUUAUCUUAGAGGAAGUUACCAUGCAAAUUUAACUAAAAAACUUUGGAAUACAGGUCUCUAGACAACUUUUGUAUUUUUUUAUUUGUUUUAUUGGCCUUCAAUAGCUAAACUUAUUCUUUCAGGAUACUUUUGUAGAUAGAUAGGAGAAAAAUAUUAUUUGAUUCAAGAUCUUAAUUAAUAAUGCUUUACAAGUUCUCAUAUAAUUCUAGUUCUUUCUUUUGUUACUCCUCUUUGCUUACUGUGGUGUUUAUUAAUACCAUUUUACAUAAAUAAACAACUAUAAAAGAUUAUAUAAUAUGUAGAUAAAAUUAAAAAUAUUUAGUAGAUAAUAGUUUAUGGAAUUUUUUACUAAGGCUAUAGAAUAUAAUGCUAUAAUUGGGAAAUUAUUAAAAUCUUUUAAAAAUUUAUUUUAAUGAUAGUUAUUAACUCUAACUUUAGUGAUAUAAUUAAAAUAGCACUUAUAAUUGUAGUUUUAUUGCUUUAUACUAUAUUUUUAUCAGUUAAGAAGCCUCAUAAAAAUAUCAAGCUUAUGAAUUGUGAAAAAAUUAUGGUAGCUAUCUUAAACUUUAAUUUUUUAUUCCUGUUACUAAUCUUAAAUGAAAGUGAUCCUUCUUACGCUGUAUUGGUUACCGGAUAUAUUCUUAUUAUAAUUUGUAAUGUCAUAGCAAUAUCCAGUUUUGUCUUACUAUUAUCUAAUUCAUUAGUGAUAAGAUUAAAUGAUGAGAAUUCUACUUCAACAAAAAUUAAAAAAUUACUUUAUAGAUUGUGGAAAGCAUUUCCAUAAGCUCUUAAAUUUAUAAAGUUUAGGAAAGUCAAUCAAUACAAAACUCAUAAACACUGGAGACAUAUAAAAAAUUUUGUUUACAAGCAAAAUACAGGAGAUUCUCUAAGCAAAAGUAAUAUUUUGAUAGUUAAUUACAAGAAUAAUAAAAAACCUAUACUGUCAUCUUUAAAUAAUCUUAAAUCAGAUAGAAUGGACUAAUUAGAUUAAGAUUAAUAAAAUUUCAUUUUCUCAUCUGAACAAAUAGAUGAAAGGGUAGAAAACAUGGCUACAAAAGGUAAUGAAACUAGCUAUAAAGGAGGUUUAGGAAGUUAAAAAGAAAUUUAGCUUACUACUUUAAACUAAAUUUUUAAUAGAGAUAAAAUGUAAAAGUGA